CGCAGGGAAUGUGGCGAAUGUGUUGGUGGUGGUUGGAAAGCACGACCAAGCCAGCACAACAGCACAACAGAGCAAAACCAACACGCGCACCCACAACAACACACAACAACAACACACAACAACAGUGUGCCGACAGGAACAGGGUGGGUGUGGGUGGUUUGAUCAUCAGAGUGAACGAGCGACAAGGAACGACAGCGACGACAGCGGCGGCAGCCACGACAGCAACAAGCGACGAUGCCGCCUGCGUUGUUGUCAACGGCCGCUUCUUCAGAUGGGCUUGUAGACAGAUCACCACCACCAGGAACAGCCAAGACAGAGGACACACCCAAAAGGCUAGGUAGCGACGACAGCGCACAUCCAUUUCAGAGGCGUCGGCGGGCUUGUGGUGGCACGGACGGUUGUCAAUCACGGCAAUCACAGCAAUCGCAGCAAUCACAGCAAUCACAACAGUCACAGCAAUCGCAACAGGCAAAACAGGCACGACACCACCCGCACCAAAGGUGCAGCCACACCCAUCAUCAGCAGCACCACCCGCAACGAACAGCCAAUGACGCGUUCGUGACCGACUCGCCUCACAGUCUUGCCAACCACCAUCAUCAUAAGCAAUCCUCACAUCGCCGCAAAGGACCACGGCAACGGCAGCAGUUCACACAGGGCUGCACUCCCCUUGCUUGCAAUCCACCGCCGUCCUCAGCACCAGUAUCAUCUCGGAUGCGGUCGCCUCUACUUGUGGCGGCCAUGGCGUUGUUGCUGGUCCUGCUCAUAUCGCCGGCGUUGGCCGUGCCAGUUACCGCCGACACUUCACAACAACAACAACAACAACAGCGGCGGCAGCAGCAUCAGCUGACGGGUGUACUUGCGCCGACACACUCUGACAACACCAGCACCCUGAACACCGCCACCGUCAGCAGCCCGCAUGUUGCGCCGCGGGCAGAUCUGCCUUUGCUACACCAGCAGCGCCGACGCUUGCAAGGUAUCGACACGCGGCAGGGACAGCAGCACGCAGGCGUUCGCCUCUCCGUGCACGUGUUUGGGUUCAACCGACCGGACAACUUUCUGCGGCUGUGGGGGCAGCUGAUGGCUGCGCGGCCAAGCGGCAUGCCGACGUACUUUGUGAUCCACGUGGACUACGACCGGGAGGAGAGCGAGGCGUGGAAGGAGCAGGUGACGGUUGCGUCGGGCCUGUCUGGGACGACGACGGCGCACGGCCCCGUGACGGCGGUGUUUGCUGCGUCGCCAAAGGGCCUGCGGGCGACGAUGCUGGAGGCGUGGGCGCCCGUGGAGGGGGAGUACGCCAUGUUUCUCGAGGACGACAUUGAGGUGUCGGAGAUGCUGUUUGUGUAUGCCGAGCACUUUGUGCGGCGGUACGGGGAGGGCGAGGAGCAGGACCCGAGCGUGCUCGGGUACAAGCUGUACAACCAGAAGUGGGACGAGGUGAACCAGCGGUUUGAGCGGCCCGUCAACAACAACAACAUGCCCUUCAAGAUCCAGGAGCCGUGCAGCUGGGGCACGGUGUUUGUGGCGGCGCCAUAUGCGCGCUACCUGCGCUGGUACGUGGACCACAGCCGGCUGGACCCGUUUAUCCCGCACGCGUGGAGCAACACGUGGGACGCGGAGCGCAGCGCAAAGAAGUACCUGCAGCGGUUCAUGUGGGAGGAGGGCCUGUUCCUCAUCAGCAUCAACCUGCCGGACCACAAGUCCCUCACCACCCCGCGCGUGGAGGCCGGCACAAACAUCAAGCAGAAGUGGCUCCCCUACCUCAGAGAGCGCCUCGAGGUGCCCCUCGUCACGCACAAGGACGAACAAGUCAUGUACGGCCUGAAGACCAUCGACAACGGCCCGCCCACGGCCACCAUGGUCAUACUCAACACCCAGCACGACGAGGUGCAGUCUGUUGAGCUCCCGAACGAGCGUGACCGGCGCAGCGUGUCUACAUCCGAGCUGCCGCCGUCACACAUCCUCGACCCGCCACACCCAAAGGGUGCAAGGGCGCGUGUGAUUGCGAAAGCGAAGCAGCGGCUGCACGACGAGUUGAGCCAGUGGCCGCUCGCCGCCCGCCGCAACGGUGACAUCUCCCCCGCCGAGGACGCCGCCCUGCGCGAACUCCUGACGCAUUCUCACAAGCAGGCGCGCGGGCUGCCGCUGCCCAAGUCGUUUGUCGACCGCAUCACGUCCCCGUACACGCUCUAUGUCAUCGGUACCAUGCUGCUCUCCCCGCUCGGCCAGCGCGCGUUGCUCGUGGAGACGGAAUACGGUUUGACGAACAGGCUGCGGGCAUAUGGGUCGGCCAAGGCAAUUGCAGACGCAUCUGCACGCCAGCUGGUGGUGCUGUGGGUGCCAAACGCCCACUGCUACGCACGCAUGGAGCAGCUGUACACGCUGCCCAAGAGCGUGAUUGUGGUGGAGGACGAGGCGAUUCGAGAGGUAGCGACGCUGGCCAGGUUUGACGUGUAUGACCUCAUGGUGCCGGAAAACAAGCAGAUGCGGGUGGACGGAAGUUCCGAUAACCACAUUUACGUGCGCUCGGCGUUUAAGAUCUACAGCAAACUUGGAUAUGGCGACACGGACGCCCUUCACAUCAGGUCGCUUGUGUUCCGGCCUGCGAGCGGGGUGCGACACGUGCUCAACGAGUACUAUGAUUCGCUCGCCAAGGCCGGCGUCGACAACCCGGAGCGCGCGCACCGCUCGUUUGUCGGCGUGCACAUUCGCAUGCUCGCCAACAUGACGGCAGAUACCCCCGGUGUGACGGGGGAGGAGGCCCUUCGCAUGCAGCUGGCGGUGGCGUUUCGCGUGUCGUGCCACUAUCGCUUCUUUGAGCAGCGCAUACGCAGGCUGCCACGCGCGGCACACUUCUUCAUCAGCACGGACACCCCUGCUGCGUUUGAUGCGAUGGCCGCCCACCCCGAGCUCAAGGGCCGCGUGUUUCGACUCGACUCGCACGAGUGCACCUCCCGAACCCCCGAGUGCAUGCUGUAUGCAGCAGCGGACCUGUACCUGCUCAGCACAACGUCGCGCCUGUUCACCAGCAAGUGGAGCGCGUUCUCCGAGGCGGCGGGGCGUGUAGGCGGCAUGCCAACCGUGGAUGGAUGCGACCAGCCAGAGGGCGGGUGGCUGCUGAAUGCCAGCAAGCAAGCCCUGACGCGGCAGAUUAUCGAAUACCUGGAGGACCAGAAUUAUCCGGAUGUCAAGUCCGUUCGCCGCGCACUCGAGCGCUUCGCCCGCUGACGUCACACGUGUAAUGUGAUGCGAUGUAAUGUGAUGUGUUGUGUGUGUUUGAUUGAUUGUGCAUACAUUUGUGUGUGCAUUUGUGUUUGUGUGCUGGAGAUGGUUGAGAAGGCAUUAGCAGGUUGAUUCAUGCAGGUGUGAUUCGUAGGUGGAUGUGUGUGUGUGUGCUGUGGUGACGUGUACGCAGCUCCUUUUUUUUUUCUAUUGUGUAAUCAGAUUUGUCGUGACUACAUAUGUGUGUGUGCGUGUGUGCGUGUGUGUGUGUGUGCGUGUGUGUGUGUGUGUGCGUGUGUGUGUGAAUUUGAGAACGGCAAGCCAGUCUGUCUCUUCGUCUUGACUUCCCUCUCUGUACAUCGGGUAUCAGCAGUACAUCAGGAACUAUC